AUGGCGGCGGUCGCCGGACCCGUGACGCCGGGGCAGAUUUAUAUAUUUACAGCUACAUUGCUGUGUCAUUUUUUAUUUGGAAUUAUCCCUGUUAUCAUUGCCUGGUUAUAUGCUGAAUGGUUAGAGUAUAAAAAGUCAUCAUCACCCUCUAAAGUCCAUUCAGACAAUAACCUGACUGAAUUUGGGAAUGAAACAACAAUUAAGGAAGAAGAUCGAAUUGUUUUGCUUGAAGGAGGUCUGCCAAAAUCUGCAUCUUUGAAGUUACAGAGUACAUCUGUAAAAACAAACUUAAUUAGGUUUGUUACAAUGGAGGACUCUUUCUUGCUUGAAAACCGGGCAACUCUUAGAGCAAUGUCUGAAUUCGGGGAAUCCUGUUUUACUUUUUCAUCUGUGACCGGACAAAUGUUAUUGGUGAUUCUACCAAGGUGCGUUUUCCACUGA